AUGGCGGACAUGGUUAGUGUCUACAUGAGCACGCCUCCGAUCGCCAGGACGAUCGCGACGGCGGUGUUCCUCUGUUCUGUAGGAGUCUACACAGGCAUACUAAAUGCCGAGCCUUUCGUCUUCCACUAUUCGCGGCUCAUCCAGUUCCCACCCGCUCUAUAUCUAAUCGUAACAAGUUUCCUUUUGACAGGACCUGGGAUGGCUGUAUUGUUUGAUACCUACUUCGUUUUCACAUAUCUGAGCCAGCUCGAGACGGGCAACUCAAAGUUCUCGAAGAAGGAAGACAUGAUAUGGUACCUCUUCUUCAUCGCUAGCAUUAUAUUGCCUUUGAACGCGCUCUUCACAGGUGGCUUCGUGUUACUACAAGCGCUGCUUAUCGCAUUGUGCUACACGGCGACACAGGAUCAGCGAGGGAUGAACGCACACUUCUACGUUAUCACUAUUCCCGCGCAGCUUAUGCCUUACUGCCUUCUAGUCGUACAGCUUCUUUUCCCAAACGGCUGGGAGAAUUUGAAGAUUGGAUUGACCGGCCUAGUUGCCGCUCAUCUCCACGACUUUCUCACUCGGAUAUACCCCGAGUUUGGACAUGGUCCGAAUCUAAUUCCCACGCCGCGGUUCCUUUCGUGGAUCAUGAGCACGCCUAGUAUCCAGAAUACCAUUUACGGGCAGUCGAUCGCCCCCAUUCCCGGUGGAGGAAGGACUGGCCCUCUGCCAGACUCGUGGCGGACUCAGGGACCUGGACGACGUUUGGGUUAGAUGCUACAAAUUCAGAUAAACCGGCAGUGGUUUGUCCAUGGGAAUGAAUGAAUUAAUACAAAGUAAUACUCUAAUUGCCGUCUCAUUAUUGGACUUCGUUUCCUUUCAUUCAUUUUAUAAUAUGUGACUUGUCUAUGUACGAUAUUCCACGCUAUCUGAGGUCCGAUUACCAACGCGAUGGACGCUUGUUACGUCUAGUAACUGUAAGAUGGCUUCUGUAUACGCCAUGUAAUUAUGUGCAUCGUCUCCCGUUCGUUUCCCAUUCAUUGCAAUGCCAUUCCACUUUCCUAAUACCUCGCCCCAAGCGAAGCAUCCAGAACGCCAUCCCUAAUAUUACCAAAAGUCCCUCGGGUAUCUAUGCAGAUGUAUACACGCAUACAUAAAUCAUACAC